CUACAAGCACCGGCUCGCCGUCGCUGCCUCGUCUCUGCAGCCAUAAAAUAGCGUUUUGUGGAAGAAAAACAAAACAAAUCCUGUGUGUUUAUGUCACAGCCAACUGAUUAUAAUGUGAUACAAUGCUCCAGUCGUCUGAGACUCAAACACCAGCUUUUCUUGGUGAGGAGGAAGACGUCGUAGUGUUGCAUGAGAAAACGUUGCUGACUAGAAGUCACCUAUCUGCUGCUGCAUCUCCUCCCUGGGCUCCUGUAAGAGCCCCUCUCUGCUCCUCAACCAAAUGAAGCUAUCUGCCUCCUCAGCAGCAGCACUCACAGAGGACUCCACCUGUAACUGGGACUCCCGUGCAUUGUUCUGGGCUCCAGUAGCCCACCCAUGCCUGUGAUCCCCAUCCCACGGCGGGUGCGCAGCUUCCAUGGCCCCCACACCACCUGCAUGCACUCGGCCUGCGGGUCGACACACGCUUCCAAGCUAGUGCGCACCAAGUACAAUAACUUUGACCUCUACCUGCGCUCACGCUGCAUGUACAGCUUCCUCCGUUUCCUCCUCUACUUUGGCUGCAGCCUGCUGACCUCUCUGCUCUGGGUGGCGCUCUCUGCUCUCUUCUUCCUGCAGUACGUCAGCGUGCGCGUGCUCCUGCGGCUGCAGUACAAGCUGUCUGUCAUUCUGCUUUUGUUGGGGCACCGGCGCCUGGACUUUGGGGUUCUGAAUGACCUGAUCAUCUACAGCAUGCAGAUCACCAUGUUUCUGGUGGGGGGGCUUGGCUGGUGCUUCAUGGUGUUUGUGGAUAUGUAGCUGCAAUGUGGGCAACACUGAGAAUGGGCAUCUUUAGCAUUUUUUGUAGGACUACCCUGCAUCUGUCUCAGCUCUAGUGAAAAAGACUCUUUUGACAUCAACUUCAAAUCUUAUUGGCUUAAUUUCAGAUCUCAUAGAAUCCAAUAAGAAUCUGUGUAACAACUGUGUGUACCGUCCUUUAAAAAUGUUGCUCCUGUAUAUCUCAGAGAGAACCACCUGGUUACGGAAUAUCAAAAAUGAUGCAUGUAGUCAGUUUGAUACUUAGAUCAUCAUGUAGAACUCUAAAGAGACCGAUAGGGUCAAAAGGUCUUCAAUCUCAAUUGUAUUUUCAUGCCAUUUGUAGACUGUUUUCAUACGUUUUGAAAGGCAUCUUGACUAGACACUCAUUUGUUUACAAUAAUGGAAAAUGUGAAUGUCAGUGUUGCAUGGAAAAGUGACUGAACAUAUGACUGAUGUGCAUCAGUGACUGUUUGAUGCAAGACAGUCAUUUGUGCCAAAACAACACGGGUCCAGACGCAAAAGUGUACCAUGAUCCCCAGGUGGAGAUAAUUACGGUUAUGUUGUGUGUAAACGUCAUGUAAACAUACAUGUAGCACAGAGACACAGUAACUUAUGGUGGAUAAAAGUGACCAAAAACAAGUUUUCAACAGUGUGUAUGUGUGUGUAAUGUGGUUUUGUGGGGAGGCACAAUAUGAGAAAGGGCAUGAAGUGACAACUUUUUUUGUAAAGUUAUUAAAUGAAUUUCCUGUU